CCUGAUGGUGCCGCAGUUGGUGUCGGUGCAGGAGGGUCUCUGCAUUCUCGUCUCCUGCACCUUCACGUACCCAGCCUCGUACGACACCGACAAUCCCUCGGCCCAGCUAUCCGGAUUGUGGUACAAGGAGCCUGCUACUAUGGGCCAGGAUCGUCCUGUGGCCAGCAGUGCCAAAAGCUUGGGGGUGUCGCAGGAGACCCAGGGCCGGUUCCGGCUGACGGGGGAUCCAGCGCGCGGCGACUGCUCCCUGCAAAUCAGUGAUGCCCGACGGAUGGAUGCCGGGAGAUAUUUCUUUAGCUUCGAGAAAGGCCUGUUAGAUCACACUUACCGCUCCAAUUCCGAUGGCACUGACCCUGUGGUCACGGUCUCUGUGCCAGGUAAGUGCAGCCGCAGUCACUGCUUGUGA